AAAGUGAUUGAUACCCCGGGCAAGCCCGCCUCCUACGUUGCGCUGAGCUACAGCUGGACCGACCAGAACGGCGAUCACCAAUCCAUGCCAGUGACGCUCACCAGAUCCACACUUCAAGUCUGCAGCAAUGGGGGACGCGUGGCUGACCUCCCACUUCUCUACCGCGAUGCAUGCGGGAUUGCCACGUCGCUCGGUAUUCGCUACCUUUGGAUCGAUGGCCUUUGCGUCAUUCAAGAUGACCCCGUCGACCGCGAGGUCGAGCUGUCAAAGAUCGCCGGGAUCUACCGCAAUGCCUCGGCCACGAUC